AUGUCGUUCUCGGAAAAAUUGCAAGAGGCGCUGAAGGAAUGGGCGCCGGCUCUUGUCGUCCCCAUCUCGUUGUACGUCGCUUAUAAGUGAGUUUUAUAAAAAGCAGCGGGUUUUCAGAUAUUUCUCGUUCAGACUCCUCAACAAAAUCAUUCCGGGAGCGCACAACCUGCCAGCGUUGGACGUCAAGAAUAAAGUGGUCGUGAUCACCGGAGCCAGCUCGGGUUCGUCCUUGCCUCAAUAAAUUUAGCAUUUUCCCAGCAAAUUUCAGGCCUCGGCAAGAGUUUGGCGUUCGAAUUGUACAAACGCGGUGCGAAGGUGAUUCUUCUGGCGAGAAGCACGGACAAACUGAAGCAAAUCUGCCAGGAACUGAAGGAAACCUUUCCGCUCAAUCAAAAUGAGCCUACCUACUAGUAAGCAGAUUCGGUUGAGCUGAUCAACUGAAUGCUUUCCAGCUACUUCGACAUUACCGAGCCAGACCAGGCGCCAUGGGCCGAAAUCCCAAAGGUCGACAUUCUCAUCAACAAUGCCGGCCUGGCGAACCGCGGAUCUUGCGCCGACACACCUAUUGACCUUCAUCGGUAACCCACAAAGCACAACAACAAUGUCCAGUUUCACAGGCAAUUGUUUCAGACAAGUGAUGGAGACUAACUUUUUCGGACACGUCGAGGUAACCAACCUUCUGCUGCCCAAGCUGGACCCGAAAGGAUGCAUUGUCGUGACGAGCAGUGUCCAAGGAAAGGUGGCUCUGCCGUAUCGCAGCUCGUACGGAGCCAGCAAGCACGCACUUCAAGGAUACUUUGAUUCGCUACGUGCCGAGCACAAGAACCUCCACGUGUUGGUCGUUUCCGCCGGAUACAUCAACACUGGCUUCGGCUCGAGAGCUAUCGACCCCAGUGGCAAGGCGACUGGCAUUGAGGACCAGAAUCAGAAAAAGGUAAUAAUGGUUUAUUUACACGAUAACAAAACUGGAAAAACGAUGUAUCAAUGGCUUCUUUUUGAUACUGCCUUUCUGAAACUGGAGCUAGAGCUGGUUUUUUUGA